AUGAUGAAGCGGGACGGCCUGGACAAGGACGGGCAGUCUGAGAAGGUGAAGAAGACACUGCGUGGGCGAGCUGAGAAAGCCUGCGUACGGUGUCGAGCGAAGAAGCGCACUUGUGAUGGCGGCAAUCCGUGUCUACGGUGCAAAGAAAGCCACAGCGCUUGCUAUUUCAGUGACUGGCACUACACCGUUCCCUACCCUCGCGAGUAUGUCGAGUACUUGGAAGAGCAACAGGAGCAGCUUUCCAAUGGCCUCAUGACACUGUACUCGAUUCUCAAGGAGUCGAAUAUCCAGACUGUACCCGCCCUACCCGACAAACCUGAGGCGCAGGACCUCUUGGCAGCCUUGAAAGGGCUGAAGCUUGACACCAGGUCCCAAUCCGUGAGCAGCAGUCAACGGCAGGACGGGACCCACAUGCAGAUGAAUGAGAUGUCCAUGGCAGGGCAACCUGACUAUCGCCAGGGAUCAGCACCUGUCGCACUCCAUCAUCACCCUGCAACAUCACCGCUCCAACCUGCCCCCAUCUUCAUGCCGCAAUUGGGACCACCAGGCAUGUCGUCGAACAUUACAUCACAUGCUUCGAAACCUACACCAGCACAAUACGCUCCCCCAUACCGGCCAUUUGACGCGCCUCAUCCGCUGCCGGCACACGUGCUCGGCCCACACUACUUGCCGUCGCAUACAAUACGACACGAUUUCCUUCCGAGCGGAGAGAAUAGCGCGAUGCGAAUGACGGAUUCUUGGCAGCCGUCGCCGUCGUCGCUGACACCAAGCACAAACACUCCGCUGGACAACCGGUCUCACAACCCGACACCACUUGCCAGCACACCAGGCAUGUUUGCCGAGGGUCAGCACGAGGGCAUGUACAUGCAACCGUACGCGCAUCAGCACCUCUCGCAACCCUGGGCGUGGGAAGCAGCAGCAGCAAUGCAUGCGGGACCUACGAGCAACAGUCAUUACGAUCCGCGAGUAUUGAGCCCAGAGGCUAUCGAGGCACGCGGAGAGAUGGUGGCUCCGCACGAGUCCCAAGCUCCCUACCAGCAUGGAUGA